UGGGUGGACCUUCUACGGUGGGUCCCAUCAUAUCAACGUUUCGGAUCGCACGGGACAUGGCCCCUGGCACCCAUUUAUUCAAAAGCUAAAAACCCGAACAAACCACAGAGACUCCCGGGCCGAGCAUUGUAGAAGACUCAAUCGACGCUUGGCUGGUGAAAGAGGGAGGAAGAAGACGGAAAAGAGGGGAAGAAGAAAGAGACGAGAAGAAAUAAUGUCAGAUCCCUACUGGAGAUAUGGCGCUGCAGAAAGAGCUCUAAAUGUUGCAGAUGGUGUUCCAAGGGCUAGUUUUCCUGGUUACCUGUCUUCUGAUACUUCUAGCUUAGCAUCUCAACACUUGUGGAGCACAGGUGAUCGACGAGGGCCUGCUUCGGAUUACCUACAGACUGAUGUAUUACCCUUACGACCUGGAGCUUAUGGUUUGGAUGAUAUUGCGGGUAUUGGUAGUCGUGCCACACCCGGACUUGGUGGAUUGGCAGCCGGAACAAGCGCAAAAGGGUUUCCGACUCCUUUCGAGGACCCGGCUUUGAUUGGCCAAAGACGAGAUGUUGCAUUAGGCAUCACUCCAAGCAUCACGGCAGGCAUCUCUGAUAUUCUUCCUGAAAGAUCCAAUUUUUUGAAAAAGGCUGAUGGCCUGUCAGUUGAUGAAUCUAGCAUUUUAUUUGUUGAUGGACUCCCAAAUGAUUGUACUAGAAGAGAAGCAGCUCAUCUUUUCCGUCCCUUUAUUGGUUUUAAAGAAAUCAGAGUUAUCCAUAAGGAGCCUAGAAGGAGUGGAGAAAAAGGUCACGUCUUAUGCUUUGUUGAGUUUAAUGAUGCAAAAUGUGCUGCGACUGCUAUGGAUGCUCUCCAAGGUUACAAGUUUGAUGACAAGAAGCCGGAUGCACCAGCCUUGAGGAUCCAGUUUGCCAAGUUCCCUUUCCGUCCAAUUUCAGCGCAUGAAGACCGUCGGCUUUAGUGUCCGCGAACUCUUAAUUCUGUAUGAUCGGUCACCUCUUACUUAGCUUAUGCUAAUGUUAUAUCCUUUUGUUAAACUUAAAAGACACUAGUUACAUAAUUAAAGGAAUUACAUGA